GCAUUUGGAGUUUUUGGAUUGUGCCAGGUGUUUGCUUUAACUGAAUACUUGCGUGCCAAUCUGAGUGACCAGUAUUUUAGCAUUCUUUUCCGAAGUGUUAUGAUUAUAAUCACGUCUGUUGUGACUGCAGUUGGUGCUGUUUUAUCUUGGACUGGCAAAAUUUCUCCAUGGACAGGACGUUUCUAUUCCCUUCUGGAUCCUUCGUAUGCCAAGAAUAACAUUCCCAUCAUUGCGUCUGUCUCUGAACAUCAGCCUACUACGUGGAGUUCAUAUUACUUUGAUUUGCAGAUGCACGUCUUCAUGUUUCCAGUUGGUAUGUACUAUUGCUUCUGCAAGUUAACUGAUGCCAAUAUUUUUAUCAUUUUGUAUGGUAUUACAAGUUUAUAUUUCUCUGGUGUGAUGGUACGUUUGAUGUUAGUACUUGCGCCUGUUAUGUGCAUCCUGUCUGGUAUUGGAAUCUCGUCUGUGCUAACAACUUACAUGAGAAACUUAGACAUUACCAGGAAGGAUAAGAAAACAAAGAAAACAGAUUCAAGUUAUCCAAUCAGAAAUGAGGUUGCAACUGCUGUUAUUUUAUUGGUGACUUUCUUCCUGAUUACAUACACAUACCACUGUACUUGGGUAACAUCUGAGGCUUACUCUUCCCCCUCAAUUGUGCUGUCAGCGCGUGCUGGUGACGGUGGACGUAUUAUUUUUGACGACUUCAGGGAAGCUUAUUACUGGCUGAGGCAUAACACUCCUGAAGUAAGUGCACAGCUUACAAACUGUUUU